AUGAAUUUUCUAGUUCCAAAGCUUCCAGAAUUCGAUGAGAAAACAGAUGAUCCAGAUCAACAUGUUUUGCACUAUGAAACUGCCAUGACUCUGUGGAAGCACAGUGAUGAGUUGAUGUGCAAAAUGUUUCCACAGUCACUGGUUGGAGGAGCAAUAAAGUGGUUCAAUAAACUCCCUGCACAUUCGAUCGAUACUUACCAUGAAUUAGUUGAAGAAUUCUGCUCCCACUACAAGUACAACAGACGCGAUCGGAAGGGAUACCACGUUUUUUUCCUUCUAGGAAUUCGAAAGGAAGAAAGCAUCAGGCAGUUUACUCGACGCUUCAAGCAAGAGUUAGCAGAUGUAGAUGGUUCCAACAAUCAAAUCGUCAUCAUGCAUACCAGUACGAUCAAAGAGCUUACAGAGUUGUAUGAGAAAAUCAGUAAGGAUUUGAGCCCCCCUCGUCCUUUUCCAGCAGAGACACGUGAUAAACGUGAUAAGAACAAAUACUGCAAGUUCCAUAAAGACCCUGGUCACAAGACUGAGAAUUGUCGCACUUUACAGAUCGAGGUCCAGCGGAUGAUAGACGUUGGAAAGCUACAAGAGUACGUGAAGAAGGAUUUUGGGAAAAUCCAUGGUAAAUUUGGCGCAGCAAACAUGAUUAAUGCACAUGUGAUUGACGUCAGUCACGCCAGGAUCCAUUCAAUGACCAUGCAGGCAUCGGAAGAUGAAACCAGGAGAAAACUCAGGCAGUCAAAAGAAUGGUACUUGACAAAUCAUAUCGAUUUUGUCAGUGGGAAUGGAGAAGAAAUUCGGGAGCUUGGGUGUACAAAGAUCGAGUUAUCUGAAGCAGACAUGAUAGGUUUAUAUGCUCCACACAAUGAUUCUAUCGUUAUAACUGCUUGGAUUGGCAUGUUUCGUGUACACCGGCUUCUAGUGGAUACAGGAAGCUCAGUGAGCGUGCUGUUUUCAGGAGCUUAUUCCUCUAUGAAUCUGCCACACGACUUGAUCGAGGAGGAUGAAAAUCCAAUUAUCGGUUUCAGUGGCGAAGUUACAAAGGAAAUUGGAAAGGUGAAGAUACCUAUAAAAGUGGCUGACAAGUCUGUUCUAGGAAAUUUCUUACUGCUUAACUGUCGAGCUCCCUACAAUGCGAUUGUAGGACGAGACUGGCUGCAUGAGAUCGGUGCAGUCACAUCCUCAUAUCAUCAAUGUUUGAAUUUUCUUGCACCUGAAGGAGUCGUGAAGGUUAGGAGUGACCAGAUGGCCGCCCACAAGUGUCAUGAGAGCGCUAUGGAUGAGUACAGGAAGUCAGAAGUUAGCGGGAACCAAAUCAUGCAAGUCGAGCAAAAAUAA